CAGGAGUAGCACCCGGCGUGUGUGUGUUUGAGAGAGAGAAAGAGACAGAGAGAGAGAGAGAGAGAGAGGGAAAACCAACAGGCAAGCAUCAGAUAGAACCAGUGAGGAAGCGAGAGAGUACCAGGCUGCAGGAUAGAGAGAGAGUGUGAGUGAGAGAGAGAGAGCGGAACAGAGGGAAACAGCAGGAGAAAUAGAGUGAUAGAGAUAGCUAGAAGAUGGAGGUGCAGUCAGAAUGCGUGGAACCUCCUCCACCUCCUCCUUCUGUUCCCCCAUGCGACCCCCAACCGCCAGGGAAGAUCAACAAAGCAGCCUUAAAGCUGUUUGGAAAACGACGCUCCAGCUCCGGAAUGGCCAGAUUCUUCUCCUUCAGGAACAAAGAGGCCAAUGGGAAUGGGAAUUCCGAGAAUGGGAAUUCUGUGAAUGGGAAUUCUGUGGGGGCGGCUAAUGAGCUCAUCAGGAGUAAAACGCAUGAUGGACUAACAAGCUCGGAGACAGAUGGACAGAGAGGGGAGGAGUCUGGAAUAUCAGAGGCGGGACAGGUGAGGUCUCUCAGCAAAUCACUGAGCUUCUUUUCGCUGCUCAGACGAGGAAGUGUGAGAGCUAAUGAGAAUACAGGGUUUGGAAGCAGGGGGAGGGGUUUAAAAGGCUUCUUUAGUAGUAUAAGGUGGCGGCGGAAGGAGAGAGUGAUGGAGGGAGAGGUGGGGGUAACUGAGGGGAGGGAGGUGAGAGAGGGAGAUGUGAUUCUAAAGGAGGAAGUGAAAGACGUCACUCUGACCCUUGAACCCCAGCCCCGCUCACCACAGGAGGAUAAUGGGAGCUUGGAAGCUGAGCUAAACACAGAAUCAGCGAGAACUUCUCCCGCAGACAACGCCACAACACCACUCACGCACUCUACUGCCAUGACGACAAACCUGUCAGAAUUCCCCUAUACACCAUCCCCUUCCCCUCUUCACUCUGCCUUUCACUCAAGAACCAAAACGUCAAUUUCCUCAGCAACGGCCACCCCCCCUCUGGAUCGGUGUGACCCCACCUCUGAACCCUCAGUGGACCGGCUCUGUUCACUCCUCUUCACUGACGUCACCUCGCUCAAGAGCUUUGAUUCGCUGACAGGAUGCGGUGAUAUCAUCGCAGACGCAGAGGAGGAGGUGGCAGGAAACGUGGGAGGAGGAAAUGGAGGAGGAGGAAGUGUCACCAGUAGUAGCAGUAGCAGUGGGGGAGGGGUAGUACGCAGCUCCCCAGCUAAAUCCUCCAUUACUAACCAUGCCACCCCUUCCAGCAUUACCCCUACCCCCACUUCCACCCCUGCCCCCCUCCCAGCCAGGGCACGGCUGAUGCCCUCCCACUCUGCCCCGAUUCAGCAGCCCUCUGGCAGCGGCGUGGUGGCCUACAUGGGGGGUGGCGAGGAGAUGGCCAGCCCUGACGGGGUGGACGACGCAGACAUGCAGGGGCUCUGGCACAUGCUCCCCUCUGGGGGAGAGAACUCCCCCGCCCUCCCCCGACCCAGCUCUCACCCGGCUCCCCCCAGGGGUACAGAGCGGAAACCCCCCCAGGUCAAGUCUCUGGGACUCAGCAAGAUCCCUUUAGUGGGGGGAGGAAGGAUGAGUAAACUCCCCACUCAUGCUGCCCGUCAAACCUCUUUGCCCAAUGAGAAGGACACUAAGGAGGAGGUCCAGCCCCAACAGGAUGUCCCGGCCCUUAGAGACGAGGGCUAUUGGGAUACGCCCUCGGCAACCCCCACGGCAACGCCUGACGACGGCUUCCUGCGGAACCAGAGGAUUGGUUUAUCGCGUGACAGCUGCUCUGGCGACGCGCUGUACGACCUCUACAAUGAGGAAUUGGACAGAUCUGAUGAAGAGGAAGAGGAGGAGGAAGAAGAUCUGACAAGUACUCCUUCCCUCUCCACUGACGACUACAAACGCAGCGCUCCCUCCCAGACUACUCCUCCUUCCUCUUCCUCCUCUUCAUCUUUUCGCUCAAUGAAGGGAAGCACUAGCCUUCCCCGCGAGUCCAAAAUCCCUCUUAGUGUCAGACAGAACACACCCCCUCACUCGGUGAGCCAAUCAGCUCUUUCCACUGUCCUCACAGCCACUCCUCCCUCUGACACACCCACCCAAGCUCCUCCCCCAGCCCGGACCAGGAUCCCUGUCUCCAAGGUGCCAGUCCGUCGCCCUGGGAACAAGCCCGGCAACGCUACACGAGGGCCAGCCCCCAGGAAGUAAGUCUGGACGAGGCAGCCAUGGACUUUGAUGUCUUUGGUUAGAACUAGACAACAUCACUGGACUAGUGUGUAUGACAUUGCCGGACUGGUGUAUUGUGAAAUGCAUCAGACAAUGAUAAAGACUUGAAAGAGAGUGAUAUGAGCUCUAAUCAACACUUCCAUUGGUUCUGGUGGGUCACGCCCCCAAAAGUUAAAGUUAAAAAGAAAGAAUCUACAUCACUGGACUUGUGUGUGCAGCAUCACUGAAAUUAUGUGUAUGGGACACUUUUAAAGACUUCAAGUGGGUGAGGGGAGGGCAUUUCGAAGUUUGGGAUCCACAUUUUCGACAACUCUCAGCGCUUUUGAAUAUGUAAACAAUGGUCACAGAAUUCAACUGCACUGCACACCACUAGGAAUGACUAGAGAAGCUUUUCUUCUUCUCUUCAAGUCCUUGUUUCUGAAACACAGAUUUUUACAUGAUACCACGUGUUUAAUCUAAUGAAACAGUUUGUAAUAAUCUAAUUGUUAACUAAUUACCUCCUAAUCCCAGACUACAUUCACAGUCUCAAUCCUCCUCUACAUCAUGCCAUUUAGCAGGCGCUUUUAUCCAAAGCGAUGUGUGCAAUUAUUUCUACGUAUGGGUGGUCCCGGGAAUCAAACACACUAUGCUCUACCAGCUGAGCUACAGAGGAGGAAUACAGGACUAUUAAAGGCCCAGUGCACUACUUUUGUGAUUAGAAAAAAACUAUUUUUGUAAUUUUCUUCAGCACCCCUACUUCCCGUGGCAACGUGGGGUGUACUGUUGACUGUUCUUCUCCCAGUUCUAAAGUACCAGUGGAUAACAGUGGUGACAACAUUGCUAAAAACAAUCAGAAAGCGUUUAUUAAUGUAUUUUUACUAAGGUGUACAUGGAGAUCACCGGAUACAAUACCUCACCUUGCCAGUGAACAUAACCAAGAAACAACAUCACAAAACUUAAUCGUCCUAAGUGAAUGACAAACACACACAUUCUCCUCUGGACCAUAUGUGCUCCACCACUCGAACGAGCAACUACUGUACUAUGAUGACCUCACACUGGAGAAACAGCAGCAGGUUCAAUCUCUCUGGAAUUAACAACUAUAACAAACCAACCAAUAAAAAAACAGAAUAAGUAACGCAAUUGUGAGACAGCAUUGAAGGAUGUUCCUCUACUGACUGAACAACGACCACUGAACACUCCUCUCUUGCUGCAUGAGGUGCCUGGAACACAAGGCACUAGGUUCAGGGAACACAGUCUACACUAAGGACACACACACACCACGUCAAGGACUCUCUUUCACACACACACACACACACACACACACACACACACACACACACACACACAUCAAGGAUGACUUUCUUCUCUACCAGGACACAUUAAUACAAUGCUUUUUUCUACUGAGUAAUUUGUUCUUCACUGGUUUUCAUAGUCUUUUUAUAAGAUAAUGUUUCAUGAGACACCGCAAACAACCUUCACUGCGAACACCCCCCCCCCCCCUACUGGGCACAAACUGGUUGAAUCAACAGUGUUUCAACGUAAUUUGUCAAUGUAUUGUGACGUGGAAUCUACAUGGAAAAUAUCAACCUGUUGUUUUGAAGGUGAAAUUUCAACCAGAGAAUAAUGGCAUCAGGGUAACCAAAUUUCAACAUAGAAAAUCAUAUAUAAUAAUCCAGCAUAUCAGUUAUUAAUUUGCAGACAAACUGGAAUUAAAGCCAGAGUAAGUCAGUGGCACAGAUGGAACUAUCCAAGCAGACGAUAAAUAUCUUUCAAAUGUCGAUAUUUGGUUGCGUUGACAAAAAAAUGAACACAAUUCAAUAUCCCUUUUGAAAUACAAAUAAAUAGCCGAUUAACUUGUUAACAAAUGAUAUGUUGGAUUCAUGUCUCCAACUCAACCAAAAAUAGAAGUUAAAGAAUAGGUUUAAGCCAGUGGCUCUGAUGGAACUAUCCAAUAAGUAGAUACAUCGCCUUUUAAUGUUGAUAUUUGGUUGCGUUGUCAACCAAACACAAUUCCAUAUUAUUUUUGUAUGCAGUAAAUCUUUCAAACUAAUUUAACAUUUAACCUUAAAAUGAGUAACACAUCCAUGGCCACAUUUUGAGGUUACUGUUAACUAUACAUUUCUUAUGUAAUCAUAUACAGUGUGCAUGUUCAAGAUAGCAUCAUAGGUCAUUGCAGGUCUGUGGAGAUCUUUACGGUCGCUGUAAUAAUCUGCGCAGAAUCUCAAACGGCAUUGAUCACUUGCAUCAUGUACUUUUAAUGUCAUCUCAACUUUAAUCCAGGUCACUUGGUUGUGUGCUACCAGAUGAAGCACAGUGAUAACACAUGAAUCUGUUUUAUAAAUAAACAAAAUAUCUGACAUUGUAUUCCCAUUUGAACUGCUGUGCUUUUAAAUGGUUGAAAGUACAGUGAUAGGCGUUUGACAUCUAAACCAAAAAUCAGACAUAGUUUUCCCAUUGGAAUUUGAUCGUGGUUGUAGAUGGUUGAAAGCAUAUUGAUGACACAUUGGAAAUUCAACUAACGUUUGGCUGUCUUUUUGAGUUGAAUAUAGGUUGUAAUCUCAUUGAUCAACGUCUCAACCAAAUAUGACACAAUUAUCCAUGUUGAAAUGACCUGGUGUGCCCAAUGGGCAGGUUCUUAGCUGACCUUUGUGGACCAUUGUUUCUGAUAUCUGAAGGAGGAAGGGGUUGGAGGCCAAAGUUAAUACCUGUGGCUUGCAUUCAGGAGUACACCUCAUCCCCAUCCCCAAAUCAUGGACACACACUCCUUUUCUCUCAUCCUGCUGGUGAUCACUGUUCCUCUAUAUGCCAUCAGGAGUGACAGACCUGCAGAAAAUGAGCAUGACGUUGUCCUUAACCCUAUGUCUACCUACCUGUCUGUCGGUCUGUCUAUCCAUCUGUCGGUCUGUUCCUGAGUUUUGGAAGUGGGUAUAAGGGAUGUUGAUUGGACCCACUAGCUUGGGGGGCGGUUCGGAGAAAUCCUAACAGACAGUCGAAGAGAGGAGAGUGUAAAGGUGGAGCGCAGUUUUAAAAAUAGUCUGGAUGUUUUUCUAUGUUUUGGUUUCCUUUUCUCUGUUCACCACCUUAUUCUUAAUCUGGGCAACAAGUUGCAUUACAGUGGAAAGCAUUAUCCAUCAUUUUUACUGUUUUAUCUUCCUGUCUGUCUUUCUUUCUCUCUGUUAACGGUGUGAAUGUCUUUGUUUUCUUUCCUGUUUAUAUAUUUAACGAUUAAAACCCUGUGUUUGUGCUAAUA